ACUCCAUUGCUUUCCUUCGUACUUAGAACGGACCAGCUGCAGUCGAGCAAGAGAGAAGUGGAGCAGCCAUAGUUCGCUUGCUCCACUACCUUUGCAGUGCACACGAACCCAAUCCUCCGUGACUCUUUCUCUCUCCACGCUCAAUUUUCCCUGACUACCCUCCCUAGUCCCUCAGUCCCCUGUUUAUCUCCCAAGAACGAUUCCCGCCCGACGCCCACUGGUGCCUUGGUUCCUGCGCCUACCGCCGACGCCGCCCAGUGGCCCACCUGAUGCCGUGAGCUGUCCACUAUCCAGCCUCUAGGAUAUAACAAUGGAAUGUAGUUCUCUUUGUUUUUCACAUUCUAAACUGGAGUUCCUUCAGCUUUGUUCUCUAAAGCCGUCUCAGGAUUGUCUUGGUUAUACAAAGCAUGUUCGCAUUGCAAGAUUUUUUGAUAAACUCAGGAAUCCCCUGAGCAAAACAUAUAAGCCAAAUGUUUUGUCGGUCAGAUGUGAUAAUGGUCAAAAUGCUGAUUUUGCUAAGCAUUACUCGAAGAAAGAGAAGAAACCUUUCCCAAUCCCUGUAGUAGAGCUACGGCGAGCUGCUAGAGAGAGAGUCAAAAAUAGGAAUGGUCAACCAAGAAGACCCUAUCCACCACCAAAAAUGGGACUGCUAGCUAAGAAUUUGAUUCCAGUUGCAUAUAAUGUGUUUAAUGCAAGAGUGACAUUGAUCAACAAUCUGCAGAAACUCUUGAAAGUUGUUCCAGUUCAAGCUUGCAAGUGGUGUAAUGAAAUCCAUGUAGGGCCGGUUGGGCAUCCGUUCAAAUCAUGCAGAGGUCAAGGAUCUUCAUUACGCAAGGGCAUCCAUGAGUGGGGAUCUUCAGUUGUUGAAGACAUUAUAGUGCCUGUUGAAGCUUACCACCUUUAUGACCGGUUAGGAAAACGAAUAACUCAUGAUGAAAGAUACUCAAUUCCCCGAAUUCCUGCUGUCGUUGAACUCUGCAUACAAGCAGGUCUCGACUUACCUGAAUUCCCCACCAAGAGGAGACGAAAGCCAAUAAUCCGCAUAGGAAAAAACGAAUUUGUGGAUGCCGACGAGAGUGAACUUCCAGAUCUCGACCCAGAAAAAAAGCCAGUGCAGUUACUAACCGAAAUAAGAUACGAAGAAGUAAAACCUCCUUGUUCAGAAGAAAUAUUACAGAUUGCUAAUGAAACUCUCUUAGCAUGGGAAGUUAUGAGGCAGGGGUCAUUGAGGCUAAUGAAGAUGUACCCGGUUAGGGUUUGUGGAUACUGUCCAGAUGUUCAUGUGGGACCCAGCGGUCAUAAGGCUCAGAAUUGUGGUGCGUUUAAACAUCAACAGCGAAAUGGGCAACAUGGCUGGCAGGCUUCGGUCCUGGAUGACUUGGUGCCGCCAAGGUAUGUGUGGCAUGUUCCUGAUUUGAAUAAGCCGGAGAUGAAAUGGGAACUUAGAAACUUCUAUGGACAGGCUCCUGCUGUGGUAGAGAUUUGUGUACAGGCUGGGAUUGAUAUUCCGGAACAGUAUAAACCUACUAUGAGAUUGGAUGUUGGGAUUCCAACUGAUGUUAGAGAGGCUGAGAUGGUUGUAUGAGGAGGAACUGUCUUUCUUUUCUUUGUUGUAUUGUUUGAUCCUUUUACUCCAAGGGAUGGUUGGUAAUCCUGUGUUAUUCAAAAAUAACCUUUGUCCCUUUUAAGUUAUGGGAAAAGGUAAUAUUUUGGUGAAAGGAUUGAUAUAAAAAUA